CAUUUCUCCUCCUCCCCGCAGAUCUUCAUGUUCCAGCUGCUCCGCGGCCUGGCUUAUUGCCACGGCAGGAAAAUCCUGCACCGAGACCUCAAACCCCAGAACCUGCUCAUCAACGAGCGGGGCGAGCUCAAGCUGGCUGAUUUUGGGUUAGCCAGGGCCAAGUCUGUCCCCACAAAAACCUACUCCAACGAGGUGGUGACGCUGUGGUACCGGCCCCCCGAUGUCCUGCUGGGCUCCACCGAGUACUCCACGCCCAUCGACAUGUGGGGUGUCGGCUGCAUCCACUACGAGAUGGUGACGGGCCGGCCGAUGUUCCCGGGCUCCACGGUGAAGGAGGAGCUGCACCUCAUCUUCCGCCUGCUGGGAACCCCCACAGAGGACACCUGGCCUGGGAUAACGUCCAACGAGGAGUUCAAGGCUUACAACUUCAGCCAGUACCGAGCCCAGCCCCUGAUCAAUCACGCCCCAAGGCUGGACUCGGAAGGCGUCGACCUGCUGACAAAUCUGCUGCUGUACAGAGCCAAGGGCCGGAUCUCAGCCGAGGCCGCCCUGCAGCACCCCUACUUCAGGAGCCUGGGCGAGCGCGUGCACCUCCUGCCUGACACCGCCUCCAUCUUCUCCCUGAAGGAGAUCCAGCUGCAGAAGGACCCCGGGCACCGCGGCUCGGCCUUCCAGCACUCGGCCCGCGGCAAGAACAGGAGGCAGAGCAUCUUCUGAACGGGGAUUUGGCUGCCGUGGAGACGGAAACGCCGGGAAAGGAGCGGCUCCCACCCUGCCCUGGGCUCCAGCAGGACCCCAAACCCCCGGGAGCAGCUCCCAAAACCCCAAAACCCCCGGGAGCAGCUCCCAGACCCCCAAAACCCCCGGGAGCAGCUCCCAAAUCCUCAGGAGCAGCUCCCAAAACCCC